GAGCUGCAUGUCAUUGCUCAAGAUGCUGUCUCGAAGUGUGCGGUGCCGGCGUCUCGCACUUCUGCGCUCGUUGCGCCAGCCGCGGGCAGGCCUAGCCACGCUCUCGAUCCGCGACGACCGUAUUGCUCUUUGGACGCAGGAGUUGGAGCGACAGCAGGCGACUCAGGAUCAGGCUAUCCAGGACGCUUUAACCCGAGCAGAGCCGCUAGACUUGGCUGUGCAGUCCCCAACUGGAGAUACCUUCGCAUUUAGCGGCGUUGCAGGUGCCUCCACGUCCAUCGAUGUGCUCAAACAGAUGCACGAACUGGGAUUACCCAAAUUUCAAGCUCUAGCAGCCAAGAACGAGGACACAGGCGAGGUGCUGGACCUGCGAGCGCCACUACAGCGUUCGGGGACGCUGCAAUUACUCGACUUCUCGAGUGACGAAGGCAAGAGCGUCUUCUGGCACUCGUCGGCCCAUGUACUGGGCCAGGCGCUUGAGAACAAGUUCCAGGACAAAAUCCGACUCACAGAUGGCCCACCACUUAAGGAAGGAGGCUUCUUCUAUGAGAUGUUCCUGCAGGACGAGCUUACAGUGUCUGAGACGGACUUUGCCGAGCUGUCUCGUAGUAUUAAGAAGAUCGUCAAGGCCAGACAGCCCUUCGAACGGCUCCAGGUGACGCGUGAGUUCGCGGACGAACUCUUCGCUUACUCGGACUUCAAGAGGGACAUGCUACAUAAAAUCCCAGAGGGUGAGACCAUCUCACUCUAUCGUUGUGGCCCGCUCAUUGACUUGUGCCGUGGUCCUCACGUCCCUCACACUGGUAAGUGGACUGUAUAUUGGCUGUGUAUUGGACUAUUAUAUGCUACAUGCAGAAGAGAGCGAGAGAGCAACUGAGAGUUGAUUAUCUGCUCUCUCGGCUACAUCGAGUGCUCUCCUCACUUGGUCCUAUAGAAAACUCUGUCGAUCGAACGACUCUCCACUCUCGCAGUGAGUGUUGGCGAGCUACACGUUGACACACAUCUUAUGCAUUUGUCGAGUGAAAUUCUACAAUAACUAACCAACCUUCUUAUCUGUAUUCUUGUAGGCAUGUUGUCAUCGUUUGAGAUCACGAGAUGUGGUGCGUCACACUGGGAAGGCAAGGAAUUACUUCAACGCGUGUACGCCAUCUCGUUCCCUAACAAUGCGCAGCUGAAAGAGUGGCGUCAUCUGCAAGAAGAGGCCAAGAAGCGCGACCACCGUCUUAUCGGACGUGCUCAGCAGCUCUUCAUGUUCCACCCACUCAGUCCUGGCUCGUCGUUCUUCUUGCCUCAUGGUACGAGAGUGUUCAACACACUAGCAGAGUUUAUCCGCGGAGAAUACCGUCGUCGCGGAUACGACGAGGUCAUCACGCCGUUGAUUUUCAAGAAGGAACUAUGGGAAACAUCAGGCCAUCUCAAGAACUACCACGACGACAUGUUCAUGGUGUCCCAGGGCAUCGACACGGACGCAUGUGAAGACCACGACCACUCUCAUGAUGAAGAAGAGUACGAUCAGUUUGGACUGAAGCCGAUGAACUGUCCCGGACACUGUUUGUUAUUCCGUGAGGCCAAGAAAUACUCGUACCGAGAGCUACCUGUGCGUCUUGCAGACUUCUCGGCGCUUCACCGCAACGAGGCAUCUGGUGCACUUACAGGACUCACGCGCGUUCGACGCUUCCAUCAAGAUGACGCACACAUUUUCUGUACGGCAGCUCAGGUGCAAUCGGAAAUCUCUCAAGCUCUGGACUUCAUCAAGCACGUGUACGGCAUUUUCGACUUCAAGUUUAACUUGCGUCUUUCCACGCGCCCGGAGAAGUACAUGGGUGAUCUCGAGCUCUGGGAUGACGCCGAAGAUCAACUGCGUUUGGCCCUGGAUGACUUUGGCCAGCCCUGGACUGUGAACGAAGGUGACGGAGCAUUCUACGGCCCAAAGAUUGACAUCGUGGUGACGGAUGCACUGAAGCGACAGCAUCAAUGUGGCACGAUCCAACUGGACUUCCAACUGCCGAUUAACUUCGAGCUGGAGUACGAUGGCGCCGAUGGGGAGGCCCACACUCCUAUCAUCAUCCACCGAGCGGUUCUAGGGUCGAUUGAGCGCAUGAUGGCCAUCCUAAUUGAGCACACGGGAGGCAAGUGGCCUCUGUGGCUCAGUCCUCGACAGGUGGCUGUGCUGCCUAUUGCUGAGGCACAUCGUGAAUACGCCCACGAGGUCGCGAGUAAGCUGCAGAACGCUACCACUCGAGGUCUCUACGUUGACGUGCAAGACGGCAGCAAAACGCUGAACAAGCGAGUGCGUGAGGCUCAGGUUGCAGGCUACAACUACAUCCUCGUUGUAGGCGACAAGGAACAGGCUGCUGGAGAGGUAAACAUCCGCACACGUGACAACCAAGUGCACGGCGCAAAGCCUCUCCAAGACUUUAUCGAUGACAUCAAGGCCGCUAUCGAGCGUCUAGAAUAGAGUAGACAAAAGAGCAUGCAAAAUAAAAGUCUUUGGUGCUUUAGUGUAUCGAGAA